AUGUCGCAUAUUGAAGAAGAAUUUGAGAAAAUUGAACGUGAUCAAGGUUGGAAUACAUUAUUUCGUAAACUUGCAAAUGAUCAUGGUGUACGAACAUUAGAGAAGAAAAAUGAUAUUGCACUUUUAAGUAUGAAUCGAGGAUUAAAUCGAUUUCGUGAUGUUUUACCUUAUGAUGACACUCGUGUUCGUUUACAAGGAGGUUCAAAUGAUUAUAUCAAUGCAAAUUUUGUUCAAGUACCUUGGGCAAAACGAAACUAUAUUCUUACACAAGGUCCACUUCCGACUACAUCCGAACAUUUCUGGCAAAUGAUUUGGGAACAAAAUACUCGUGUUAUUGUUAUGUUAACUCGUUUAAUUGAAAAAGGAUGUAAUAAAUGUUGGCUUUAUUAUCCAGAUUAUGAAAAUGAUAGUGAAUUAUCAUUUGAAGAAGUUGAUUUAAAAGUUACAUUUGUAUCUGAAAGACAAGACGAACAUUAUACACAACGAAAAUUUGAAUUAACAAAUCUCUUAACAGGAGAAACUCGUCCAAUAAUUCAUUGGUCAGAUUUUGACUGGCCUGAUCAUGGUGCUCCAAGUAGUCCUGAACCAUUUUUACAAUUAUUAUAUGAUGUUCGUCAAUGUGGUGCUUUUGAUUCUCGUUUCGGUGCUCCAGUUCUUCAUUGUAGUGCUGGAAUUGGACGAUCUGGAACAUUUGUUCUUGUAGACUCAAUUUUAAAAAUGCUUGCUCAUACAGAUAAUCCGAAUGAUAUAUCAUUGAUUGAAGUUCUUGCUCAUAUUCGAACACAACGUCAUGGACUUAUUCAAACAGCUGAACAAUUAAGAUUUUCUUAUAUGGCAAUUAUUGCUGGAUUAAAAGAACUUGAUGAACUUGAAGAAAGUGAAGGCUUAUUUAAUGAAAGUGAUUUUGAUGAAUUAAGUGAAAGUGACAAUGAAGAGAAUGUCAAAUUAACUAAAAGUCUUGAAGAUAUUAAUACAGAAUUACAAAAACGUGCUGAUAAUUAUCAAGCACCAACAACGAAUGAUACUGAAACUUCACUUCGUCUUCGUCUAGAACGUUUAAAACGUAAUGAAGCUAUUGAAAAAAAAGUGAAUGAAAUGAAGGCUAAAUUACAUGAACAAACUCAGCCUUCAUCAUUACAUCAUAAUAAGAAUACAUCGAUUUUAACACUUUUGUUAACAAAAUAUCGUCGUCCAUUUUUUAUUGGUUUAUUUACAUUAUUAACUGGAUCAAUUUGUUUAUAUAAAUUUAGCAUGAAUAGUGAUCGAACUCAUUGA